AUGGGAAGAAACUGGAAACGACAACAAAAUCUCCAGAAUGUUCUGCAAAUUCCUCAUAUCUCAGUCCCUCCCUCAGCUUCUGACACCUCCCUGCUGAAGAACCUAACCCGAGGGCAGCAGUGCUACCUUUACAGCAUCAUGAGGAUUUAUGACUCCAGGCCCCUGUGGGAGGCCCUGCAUACCUGCUAUAUUCACAGCUUUGUGCACCAACAGCGGCUGGGUUGUAUCACUCAGCAGGAAGCCUCAUGUUGUGCUACUGUCCUUAGAGAUUCAACCAAGAUCGCCUCAGCCAAGGUGGCUCCUCAGAGGACCAUUUCCCAGAAGUCUUCAACCAUGACAAGGAAAUGUCUGUCAGCAGUCCCCAAGCCUGGGGUUGGACCAAAGACCCACAGCAAGGGGUGCAGAGCACGAGAAGCAGAGGCUUUGGACAGUCUCUAA